GCUAAAGCACCCAAACCAGAAACAGUCAGACACAUGAUGACCUUUUUGGGGAUGACAGGGUUUAGUUCAGAUUGGAUAGAGAACUAUGCUUUAAAAACUGCGUCAUUGCGUGACAUCAUGAAGGAGGCGGGAACAACUAACCUACAAGCUCGGUUAACAUGGAAUAUAGAUGCAUCAGCGGCAUUCGAAAGCAUAAAACGUGAAAUGCAAGGGGCAAGCACAUUGGCAAUUCCAGAUUAUACCAAGCCGUUCCUGUUGUAUGUAGCUAAUAGGAGUCAGGGCUAUGCAUCGGCAGUGUUAAUGCAGGAUUUGUGUGCUGGUAGGCGGAGUCAACCAAUAGCAUACUACAGCACAAAGUUGGAUGCGGUAGCACAGGGCUACCCACCGUGUUACCAAGGAUUGGCUGCGGUACAAUAUGCCUAUGACAAGGCCUCAUCCAUCACAAUGGGGUAUCCGGUGACGAUUCGAACACAUCACAAAAUCACAGAGUUGAUUGAGAAAGGAAAGUUUGUGUUAACGGACGCUAGGUUGUUGGAUUAUUUGGCAUUACUAACAUUUCCAGAUGUAACGAUAGAAAAAUGUUUCACGGUAAAUCCAGCAGACAGAAUUCCACAUGAUUUUGAAGGGACACCACAUGACUGUGUGGCUGAUUCUCUCACUUUUACUAGACUACGGCCCGAUCUAUUGUCUGAGCCCAUGGUGGGGGCAGAAGAGGAUUUCUUUGUGGAUGGAUCAUGUUUCAGAGAUCAUUUGGGUAACCAUGCAGGUUUUGCAGUGGUUAGACAGAAUCCAGACCACACAUUCGCUGUUGUUCAUAGUUCGCAGUGCGCACAGCCAUGCUCGGCACAGUUGGCUGAGUUGAAGGCUCUUACAGCGGCUUGUCAAGAGGGAGCGGGUAGAUCGGUGAACAUCUACACAGACUCUGCAUAUGCGCAUGGCGUAUGUCAUUUGUUCGGGGCGGUGUGGAAAAUGAGGGGGUUUAAGAAAACUGAUGGAUCCCCCAUAUUGCAUUGUAAUCAGAUUGUGGAAUUGAUGUCGGCGUUGAUGCUGCCAAAACAAGUGGCGAUAAUCAAAUGUCGAGCGCACAGAAAGGGCUUCGAUAAUAUCACGAAAGGAAAUAACGCUGCAGAUGAGGCUGCAAAAGUAGCUUCAGACAGUUGCAGGGCGAUCCAGUCAGUAUUAUCCAUGCCUGAGGCCGCGCCUACUGAGGACGACAUUGUCCGCAUGCAGGAGAAAGCUGGUGUCUAUGAGCAGAACAUGUGGCUGAAAAGAGGUGCUAUACGCUCCCCCGCAGGGCUAUGGAGAACUCAUGACGGGAUGAUGUUGGCGCCUACGGCACUGUUGGGGUUACUCAUCACUAAUGCGCACGGUUUUGACCAUUGCGCAAGGGGGGAGGUUUUGAGAAGAAUUAGAAAACAAGGUUUUUCUUCACCAUACUUGCAAACAAUGAUUGAUUACCAGCUAAAUGAGUGUGGAGUAUGUGCAAAAAACAAUGUAAGAAAAACAAUCACUACUCCAUUGGGGCACAUUCCUACACCUGAAGGACCAUUUAGACAUUUGGUCAUGGACUAUGUUGACAUGAUUAAAAGUAUAGGUGGUAAAAGGUACAUGUUAGUUAUCAUAGACAGGUUUAGCAGAUGGGUAGAAGCAGUCCCAUCAAAAGACCAAAGUGCAGCUACAGUGAUUAAAUUUCUAACUAGAGAAGUCAUGCCAAGGUUUGGAAUUCCGUCAGAAAUAAGUUCAGACAAUGGGGCUGCUUUUAUUCAGAAAACACUAAAACAAGUAAUCCAGCAUUUGCAUGUCAAACAAAGAUUAGGCUGCGUCUACCAUCCUCAAUCACAAGGUAUGGUGGAGAGAGGAAUGGGACGCUUAAGACAAAGAUUAACAAAAUUAAAUUAGAGUACUAAAUUAAAGGACUAAUGCACUACGACUGACACUAAUGAGUUAUCGCAUGAAAACUAACAGAACGACGCAUCUAACCCUGCAUGAAAUGCUUACGGG